CAGUAUAUACUGUUCAUCACAAGGCAGUACUGUGUCAUGUUGAGAAUCCUGAUCCGAUCACGCCGGGGACUGUUUGCCACUAGGUCGACACUAGCACGGUUGUCGUUUUCCUCUUCAGCAAAACCGGAAGCCGCGGCGGCCGCUGAUGAACGAGCAAGUCGAAGUAGUUGGAACGUGAAGCUCCUCCGGCACCCGACCAAAGUUCCCCAGAAACCGCACAUUUCCGACAUCGACAGACAGCAGCGGUUGAAUCAACCGGCACGAAUUGCGGUGGACGACCAGACGGUUCAACUGUUGGAACGAUUAUCCUUGGUGGACCUGGAUAGCAAGGAAGCCCACAAAACGCUGGAAGAUUCGAUCGAAUUCGCAUCACGUAUCCUCACCAUUGACACUGAAGGAGUGGAACCACUGUACACGGUUCUUGAGAAGCAGAAGCUAACAUUGCGGGAGGACGUCGUGUCGGAUGGGAACAUUCAAGAGGAUGUGCUAGCGAACGCACGCGUUACCGAGGAGGAAUACUUUGUAGCCCCUCCGGGUAAUAUCCCACUGGAGCAGGAUUCCAGUGGCAAGCACAAACAGUAA